AUGGGGGAAGCAUUAAACUGCACAGGCCCAGGCCUCGAGCCGACGGACCAGGCCUUUGUUCUGUCUAUUCUCAUCCUCCUCAUCGUGGCCACAAUCAUUGGAAACCUCCUCGUCGCUUGCGCAGUGCUCCGCUUCAAGCAGCUGCAGACGCGCACCAAUGCAGUGACGAUAUCGUUGGCAGUGGCAGACCUGAUGGUGGGCGCCGUGAUCAUUCCCUGCAGCAUGACGCACGAGGUCUACAGGUGCUGGUUCUUCGGGCAGACCUUCUGCAGGAUCCACUACUUUAUGGACUACUGGUUCACAAACGCCUCCAUCCUCCACCUGGGCUGCAUCGCCUUCGACCGCUACGUGGCCAUCUGCGACCCUCUGCGCUACCAACAGCGGGUGACCAACCGCACGGUGGCGCUCAUGCUCCUGAUGUGCUGGCUGUGCUCGGCGCUUUUCUCAGCGCCCAUCCUCGUCAGCUUGAGUGACGUUUUGUCACGCGGCGUCAUUGAGAGAACGUCUUGCCCGGACGAAUGCGUGUUCAUCGUCAACUUCGGCCUGAUGUUCAUGAUCGGCAUUUGCCCCUAUUUCUUGUCCCUCAUCAUCCUGUCCCUGGCGUACGCCAAGAUCUUCAGGGUGGCUCGCGCUCAGGCCAAUCAGAUUCACGCUGCGGACGCCAACAGCAAACGCACGUGGCUGGCCAUGAAGCGCGAGCACAACGCGACCAAGACCCUGGGCAUGAUCAUCGGCUUCUUCCUGCUAUCCUGGCUGCCCUUCUACAUCAUCAGCGUGAUGGACGUCAUCAUAGACUACCAGACAGACGCUGUGAUGUGGGGGACGGUCACGUGGAUUGGCUACUUCAGCUCGGCAGUCAACCCCAUUCUAUAUGCCUCGUUCAACCGCCCAUUCCGCAAUGCAUUUCUUGACAUUGUCAGCUGCAGGGCGUUCACUUGCCGCAGGGGCACGUAGCAUUUUUGGGACGUAGAAGAAAUGGAUAUAUGCAGGAUCAUGCCUUCGUGAUGCAUUGGUUAGU